AUGGCCGCGGUGAACCGUGAUGGUCAGAAUCAUAAUCAAGAGCAGAAUCGAUAUUGCCCUCGCAGAAGCGGGGAGAGUACUAGCAACACCUCUGGCAAUCACGAUGUUAACGGCGCCGCAGAUCAGCUUGAGGACGUCCUCAGCACUCUCCCGGCAGACACCCCAGUGUACCAAUAUCGCGGAACUACAGAAAUGAAAAGAACCAUCGACUGCGAAUGGCAAUGUCUACAGGACUCUCUUGCUGAGUGCCGAAAUGUCCAUCAACAAUCAUUGUCGCAUGUCAAAAGCGAGCUCAUCGUGUAUUCUGGCGUCUCGUCUGAUAUUUUCUCCCGCGAGAUUGACCCCGAAAGCGCACCUGAUUCCCCUAUUGGCAAGGCCAGGAUUGAUUUUUGGGUCGACCUUGAACUCCUUAUCCUAACAAUGUUAACAAGGCCCCAUGAGGCACCUAGAGCGCUUUUCGGUGUAAUAAUUUUUGAUAAAUUGAAACAUAUGGGCCUGAACCCCCGAAGGACAUUGCAGAUAGCCGGAGCCUCACGAGUAGCGACAGAAUCGAGGAGAAAAGAGCCAGAUUGUUCAUACCUACCGAAGAGCCUACCCGAUGGCAGGAGUGACAAAUGGCCCUCUCUAAUCGUGGAAGUGGGCUUCACCGAGUCUGCUAGGAAGCUCGAAAUGGAUGCGAAAUGGUGGCUACAAGCCUCGAACGGGGAUGUUGGGUUGGCCAUCACGAUCACGGUCAACGCACGCGAUCGUUCCAUCGUCUUGAAGACUUGGGAGAAUGGCCCCGGGGAUACCGGCCCCCAAUCAGCUCUACCGAGAGCGACACAAACCGUCUCCGUUCUGGGAUCAAUAGACCCCGAAAAUCCUGUGGUCAGAAAUGGGCCCUUCCUCAUCCCAUUUCAAAAACUUUUACUACGAGAUUCCGUCGAUAGCGAGGGGGACAUAGCCCUCAACGAGGAGGAUCUUACGAACCUAUCGGUUCAGCUGUGGGCAUAA